AUGUGCGCAAUGCAUGUUAAGAUGAUAAAGGAGUCUGAGAAUAUUUCAAACGAGGACGAAACACCCGUUUUUGUUCACUCUCUGGUUAGGUCCCACAACAAAGGGAAGCUUCUUGACAAAAUGAAAGGGUGCUCUACGCUGCACGAUGCUCUUUCUAUAGCCUCUGUCGAGCAUGGCGACUUGAACUUUCUUGGCGUAAUAAACAAUCAGGAGAAAAUCGAGUAUGUUACGUACAGAGAAGGAUGGAACUAUGCAAAGAGCAUUGCACAGUUCAUCCUCAUGCAUGCUGAUCUUUCCGAGGACAAAUUGCCAAUUGUUGGGAUAUGCUCUGAGAAUCGGCCAGAGUGGGUUAUAACAGAGCAUGCGACGUACUUCUACAGCGGGAUAAACUGCCCCAUCUACGCGUCUUUCGGAUGGAGUGCCACAAAGCACAUUAUCAAGGAAACCGGAAUGAACAUUAUUUUUAUCUCUCGCAAGAAUGCAGAAAAGAUAGCGGCCAGCCUAGAGAAAGAGGAGCAGGACAUUGUGCUCCCCAAAAUAUUUGUUCUGAUGGACUCAGACAUAUCGGAAACUGCGUUUUCUGUGCUUGGCAAAUUUGAGGUAAAAAUGUACUAUUUCUGGGACAUUGUGAAGAGGUGCAAAAAGGCCAGCGAGAGCGGGAAAAGUGCGCCAGAGGAAAUGCCGCUGUCGAGCAAGUUCGUGAAGGCGCCUGCCUUGAAGAAUGAGGUUGUGCAGAAGUUUGUGCCUCCUACCCAAACCACCAUAGCCACAAUUUGCUAUACCAGUGGAACCACCGGGGCCCCAAAGGGCGCUAUGCUCAUGCACAAAAACUUCAUUUCGGUGGUGGCGUCCUUUAUCCUUCUGUCAGAAAAGGGGGUGUUCUUCGACAUCAAGCCAGGAAACAGGUAUUUGUCGUUUCUUCCGCUGGCCCAUGUGUUUGAGCGAAUUGUGGAGUCGGCUCUUCUUAUUAGCAAGUGCGAAAUCGUGUACUACAGAGGAAACCCGAAGCAGCUGCAGAAUGACUUCAGAAUAUCCAGGCCGCACUAUUUUGUGGGUGUCCCCAGAGUGUUCAACUCUGUCAAAGGCGCGAUUGAGGGGAAAGUGCGGGAGAAGAGCAAGCUGGCGCAGUGGAUAUUUGCAUUUGCUCUGUCCGUGUGCAUAAUGUGUAAAAAUAGAGUUGUCCGAGGAAUAUUUGGGAAAACUGUAUUUAGACAGAUCAGAGAAACAUUUGGCGGAAAUGUUAUAAGCAUGUUGUCGGGAUCAGCUCCGCUGUCACCGUCAACUGCGGUCUUUUUCGAGGCUAUUUUUAACUGCCCAUUCUUUGAAGGAUACGGGCAAACAGAAACCGCAGCAGGGAAUAUAACCACAGACGUGUUUACCUUGGAGAAGGGGGUUAUCGGGGUUCCCUUCCCAUGCAACAAAGUGAAGCUGGCGUCCUGCCCAGAAGUCAACGCGCUGGCAAAAGACAUGCGCGGAGAAAUCCUUAUGCAGGGGCACUCGGUGUUCUAUGGAUACUAUAAACAAGAGGCUUUGACAAAGGAGUGCUUUUAUCGGCCGGAUGGAGAAAGCAUAUACAAUGAGGACGGGGAAAAGUGGAUUCGAACCGGAGAUGUUGGAGAGGUUACAAAGGAGGGCAAUCUGCGCAUAAUUGGAAGGUGCAAGGAGAUAUUUAAGCUUUCCCAAGGAGAGUAUAUCAUACCGGAGAAAAUUGAGAAUCUUAUUUUGUCGAAGAAAAUCGAAGGGCUAGAAGACAUUACGAUUGUUGGUGACAGCUCGCGCGAUUAUGUAAUAGGGAUAUGCACUGUGUCAAACCAGGAGAAAUGCAAGGAUAUCGAAAGUGAGGCUGCCUGCGUGGGAAAUAAGCUUGUUACAGCAGGGGAGCUAAUCAAGAUAGAGCUUCCGAGGAGGCUUAUAUUCACAGAAGACGCAUUCACCAUUGACAAUGGGCUUCUAACCCCCUCCGGAAAGAAAAUACGCAAAAAAAUAGUUGCGCUGUACAGCAAAAAGAUACAGAGCAUAUACAAAAAGGGAUAG